AUGGCGAAGCAGCGAGUCAAGUCAAGAAGCCAGCCGAAGCCGCAGAACAUCGCCGCACAGUCAUUAUCGAAUGCCGACGCCGGUCAGAGCAGUACAAGCACGUGGACGAGUUUUUGCCCAUUUGCUGUCGAGCAAGAUGGUGCUCCUGCGACUCUGUUCGCUCAGCUCAGUACAGUGCUGAACAGCCAGACCGUCAAAGUAUGGGAUACUACGACGAGUCGGAUAAUAGCUCGCUGGUCUGCAGACAGCGCGGCACAGCGAAUUGCCUGUCUCGCAUGGGUUCUGCUCGCCUCUUCAUACUCGGCCACGAGCUCUUCUACCCAGGUAGACGAGCAGACGAUCAACGGCACAAGCGCCAACGCGAGCAAGAGUAAGAAGAGAAGGAAGUCAUCCAGUGCAAGCACAAGUGCUGCAGUCAGCCAGGAACCGAUAAAACGCGCCUCACUGCUUGCGCUCGGCUUUGCCAAUGGCUCGAUAGGCUUGUUCGAUCCGGGCACGGCGAGUAUCGUGCAAACGCUGUCUCAUCCGAGCUCGGACCGCGCCUUCCUUGCGUUGUGUUCUACGGAGUCUGCUAAAGGUGUCGAACGCGCGCUAUGGACCGUAUCGACCGAUGGCAAGAUGAGAUUGUGGCAAUUGCCCCUGCUCGCGCAUCACGAUGGAGGGCUCGUAUCAGAAUCGAGUCUGCCGGCAGCUUUAGCUACAGCAGAGCAUCUCCAGCUGGCUGCAAGGGUAGAGUCCUCGAGCGCCGUCAUGAGCUUUUCCCUCCUCGUCGCAUCACACGAUGUGCAUAUCUUCGACGCAGAGCUAUCGGCCGAACAAGAUACCCCCGUCGAUGGCGUCAGCUCGCCUGCGACGCUCACUCUGAAGGCGAUAGGUCAUUGUACAGGUCACGCUGCGCCGAUCACCGCGAUGAACUGGGCUAGCACGGCGACAAUGGCCCGAUUUCUCACUGCGGCAGAAGGCGAUCGCUCCGUCUGUCUAUGGAGCCUCCCAGCUUAUCAGGCGCACCUCACUGCGACUCUCGCUCUCGAUUCAGAUGCCUGCUUCGCUCGUCUAGUUGAGACGCCGGCAGCAGUACCCACUUUGAUUGCGUUGGAUGUACAAGGCACACUCUCGCUUGCACUCGUCUCGGAUGAGCCUCCUGCUGCUGAAGCAUCCAAGACGAAAAAGCGCAAAUCGACAGUGUCUGUUCUGCCCAUAGCUGCGCAGAUCACGUCAGAUGUCCCUGGCGAUCUCAUCAUCGGCUUCCAGCCGAGCGCGAGCGGUUGUGUCGUACUGGCGCGAGGUCAAGCCAAGCCUUCGUUUGAGUCAAUUGACUAUGCCGAUACGGACGGUUCCAUCAAAUCGCACAUUGAGCUAGCGAAAUCUCCUCGCAGAACCAACGGACUGCUUACCGCUCAAGAUGAGGACACUGAGAUGUCACUGCCUCAACGAUACAGCGAGACAAACAGCUCGACAGUUCAGAGCGCCUUGCCUACCUCUGGGCCCCAGCCUGCCGAUCCGGCGCAGGAGCUCGAUACAGAUUUGACGGAAGCGACGCUCGAGCAACGUCUCAAAUCCCUCGCCGUACCAUCCGUCGAGCCUGAUGCCGAGCCAUCAACACGACGCAAAACGAAAGCAGAAUUGCUCGGCGCAAAGCCAGGCUCGCACAAACGCAACGGCAUACCCACAGAAACGAUCACAGGUCUACGGCCCGCAGCAACUCUGACACAGAACCUCUUGCAAGCGCUCAAUUCGGCAGACGAUCGCUUACUUGAAGACUGUCUGAGCUUCGUCGAGCCUCGACUGAUCCGAGAGACAGCCAAGCGUUUGCCUACUCAUGCUGUUCUGCCCCUCGUCAAUGCUCUCGUCGAUCGUCUCGCCAAGGGUCGCAAAGGCAGAGGAGCAGGAGCCAGUGCUGCUCAUCCCACACGAGGCAAAGCGCUCGUCGAGUGGCUUCGUGGCCUUCUCGUCGUCCAUGUUGGCUACCUUGUCACCAUACCCUCGCUCGUACAUCGACUGGCAGAUCUGCAUGCGGCGCUGAGCACUCGUCUAUCGUUGCACGACCGUCUGCUUGCACUCAACGGACGUCUCGAGCUCGUAGUCUCUCAGAUCGAUCUUAGACAAGACAACCUCAAUGCCUAUCUGCGCAAGGGUGCAGAGUCCUCAGCCGCCGACGCUAACAAUGCAGGAGUCCGUUAUGUCGAGGGCGAGAGCAGCGAAGAAGAAGGCGAAGACGAUGGCGAGAGCUCGAUUGACCUUGGCGAAGACGAUGACGAGGACGAGGAGGGUAGCAUAGAAGAUAUCGUCAUGUCUGCUCGACAGGCCAGUGAGGACGAAGAUGAUACUGGAUUGGAGGGAGGUGCGAACGAUUACGAAGAGGAUGAAGGCGAUGAUGAAGGCGAUCUACUCGAGCGAUUGGCUGAGCUGAGCGAAGCAGAGGACGAAGACGCGUCGGCAAGCGAGUCAGAGGGCGAUGAGGAGAUGAGUGUCGACGGUUUCGACGUCGACGAUGGUCAGGCUUCCUCAGAGGAAGACAGCGAGUGA